UAUUGCCACAUGACUAAAUUAUUAGACAUUAAUUUGAAAUAUUUGCCAACUUUCUGCCAAGAUAAAUUGUUUCAUAUAGUACGAACGUGCAACUUGGUGGCAUCAUUUGUAAAUACAAUCUCAUGAAUGUUAUUUAUUAGACGUUAAUAAUUAUUGAAUUUGUGUCUUAAGUAUUAGACUCCACUGAAUAAGAUUACUUGCAGUACCAGGAUGAGCCUGUGUUAUCAGUUUCAGAUGGUUGCUAUCUGGGAAAACAGGAAUGCAGCUGCCGGGAAUUGAUGUGGACUGGUUUCACACCAAUUCAAUUUUGGAGAAUGCCGGCGUUCCUGCUCAUCAGAUCCAGAAUACAACAGCAGACACUGGAGCCAAAGAAGUCAUCGCUGGGCUCAUAGCUGUUGUCCCAGUCCUGUUGACAGGAGAGGUCUUUAAACAGUCUCAUCAUUCUGCUGCCUACAUUGUAGGAGGAUUUCUCAACUGGAUAUCAAACUUCACUGUGGGCUUUGUAUUUCGAAUCCUUCAGAUGUCAGCUGGUGCUUUCUGUAACCUGCUGUUCUGUGGUGUGUUGGCAUGGAGCUCUGUGUCUACUUCAUUGUCCCUGAGACAAAAACAAAACUUUUGUGGAGAACAGUCAGAUGUUUGCCUUAAAAAUAGUCGUGAAAUUGAAAAAGAGCCCCUGACUAUCACUGACCAACUCAGCCUUAAAAUGAUGAAUGGCAAUGAAAGUGUUGUGCCUGUAGAUGAUGUAGAUCUGGAGAAAUAUUGUUGAUAUUGUAGCUGUG